UUCAGUUGGAGGGAAGUUUCAUCAGAAAUUAUAUUAUGAAAUGUAUACUUAUUAACUAUUUUUGGCGAUUUCGAUCACAAAAAAAUAUUUUAACUACGCCAUCAAUUUGUGCACUUUAAAAGAUGAGCCAGUAGCUGUUCUGAACUUUACGAGUAGUUUGCCAGCAAGGUUGCAAAACAAAGCAUUCCUGCAUAGUUUGAAAGAAGAUAAUUGAUAAUGAGCAGUAUAGAAAUAAAGUUUAAUGGAGGAAAUGAAAGCCAGAAGAUAUUCAUACCCUCAAGCACGGGCAAGAAACGAAUACAUUUGGUAUUUACAAAAUCUACCACAGAACCACCUAGAAAUGAUAAAACUAUAGACAAGAUAGAGACUUUAAUUAUUGGGGAAAAGAUAUGGUAUAGUUGUAAAGUAUGUGAUGCAAGAUUUACGUUACUUCACUCAGCUCGAAAUCAUGUCAGAUUGCAGCAUGUUGCACAAAAGAAGUUUCUUUGCAGUUUAUGUGGUAAGGGUUAUAUAACUACAAAAGAGUAUGAGAAACAUAUGAUGGUACAUGCUGAAAGGCCUUAUCAAUGUGAAAUGUGUAGACGGAGGUUUGAUACUGAAGAAAAAUUGAAAAUUCACUUUGAAGGUCAGCAUGCCAAUAGGCCUCGUAAUUUUCAGUGUGGAAAUUGUCAUAAACUAUUUUUAACAAUGCAACAUCUUAAAGAGCACAUUUUGAUUCAUUCUGAUGAAAAGAAUUUUACGUGUGAGAUCUGUUACAAGAGCUUUUUUCGGGAGACCUCCUAUAAACUCCAUAAAAAAACACACCUUAUUGGACCUUUCCCAUGUAAGAUUUGUAAAAAAGAGUUUAAAUAUGAAAAAACUUUACAGACACAUAUUAAUUUCAAACACAUAGACAAGAUAAUUGUACCAGAGACAACUGAAAAUAUCUCAGAGUCAGGAGACGGGAAUACUUCAGAAAAAUUGAAAGAAUAUACUGCAACUGAAAAUGUCACAGAUGUGGAUCCCGGAAGAGAAGAGAAAAAUGACGAAGAUAGAAGAAUUGAAAUGGAUGUAGCAGAUGAAAGUAAAACUAAAGAAAAUAUGUUUGAUGAAAAUUCCAAGGGAGAUUCUGAUAAGUUAGAAACACUGAAUAAAGCUGAAGACGAUACAAUAAAAGUCAAAGAAGAAAAAGAAGAAGUGUUGUUCCGUACCAGACAGACAAAUUUCACAUGUGAGGAGUGUGGAAAAGUUUUCAAUAGGAAAGACAACCUGAAAAACCACAUGCGUUUACACUCAGGUGCAAAGCCAUUUGUAUGUACCAUUUGUAACAAGAGCUUCCGUCAAUCUGCACACCUUUAUCGUCAUACAAAAUCCCAUACUGGGGAGAGAAAUGAAAUCUGCACAAUCUGCGGUAAGGCAUUCUUUCGUCCUGAACAUCUACGUAAACAUCAACUGCAGCACCUGCCUCCAGAGCAAAAACCUUUCAAUUUCUGUGAACUUUGUGGAAAAAAUGUCAUUAAUAUGAGGAGACAUAUAAGGAGGAUUCAUGAAGAAGGAAAAUCAUUUUUUUGUUUUGAUUGUAAACAGAAAUUUAGAUUUGAGGAAAACUACAAAAACCAUGUAGUACAUGGACAACAUAUAAAAGAGAGCCAUAUGAGAAGAACUUGCCCUAUCUGUCAUAAUGUCUUCUGCAAGCCGGCAGGUGUCAGAAGACACUUGAGAAAUGUCCAUGGACAGGAUGGAACUGUCAAACCAUAUACCUGUUCAGUUUGUCAAAAAGGCUUUGAGGAUCAGCAGGCAUUCCAAAAACAUGUUGUCAAAGGUCAUGGGUUACUGGGUCAAGUUAAAAGAGCGAAGAAGCCUCUAAAGAGACCAUCACCUGAUGAAAGUGAAAGUAGUACAGAUAAUGACAGUGAGGAUGAGGAAGUGAUGGAAGAGCAAAUGGUUGUAGAAGAAGCUGUUACUGAUACUUUUGAUGUAUUAGAAUAUAUAUAGAUCAAAAUAUUCAUUUGUAUACAUGUGGUUUAGAUUUUGGUUUUUGAUUUUGUUUAUCUACAUUUUAGUAAACUAUUAUUUAAGUGAAUCUGUUAGUGAAAUAUUUGUUUGAUUGGAAGUGUCAUGAGAUAAAAAGAGUUGUAAAAAAAAAUGAAAAACACCCAAAAUUGUGAUUUAUUUUUAGACAAGUCAUAAAAGAGAAUUUUUAUAAUCUGAGUAUCUUAAGACCUAUAAAACCCAUAAUUUAGAAUUUUUAUUUACCAAAAAAUGCAUUGAAUAUGAUAAUGAAAAAAGUUCAAAACCCACCAUAUUCAGAUAAAAAAAAUAAAUUUCAAGUAUAAUUUAAAGAAAAAGGUUGGGUUUCAAAAAGUAUUGGUUCAGCACCAGUAACCAUCAGUAAUUAAUUUCUGAGACCCAGAGUUUAGCAUGCAAUACAGGAUGGACUGUGUUUAAACAGAAUACCUCUUUUAACUUCUGACUAAUAUCAUGAAUAUGUAAAUUUUAUUUGUAUAGGUUCUGUUCUGUUAAAUUUGAUAAUGUAGAUCCAGGGUUCACCACAGAAUGAAAUUCAAGGGUGGGGGAGAAAGUUCAUCAAAUCAGAGAUUGUGUGUUGCAUUGUCGAAUUGUUUCCAGUUGCGCACAAAUUGUUAAUUAUAUGCCUUACAAGUUAUAUGCCUUACAAGUAUUUGUUAUAUAUAGCUAUAGCUAAUUUGGAAAGGGGGGUCUCACAUACAUUUUGUAGUUAGUCUUAUUUAUUAUUAGUGGUCAACGAACUUGUAGGAACAUAUAUAUAUAUUUAACAGGGAGAAGUAAACACCUAAUGUGGCUUCCUAGAUUGCAGGGAUAUUAAAGUGAGGAAUCCACAUAUAACAUUGCUUUUCAUGUAAUAAAGUAUGCAUUAUAUAAUUUUAUUAUUUUAAAUAGAUUUCUGACCAAUUUAGAUUUAAUUUAAAUUGUCUUAUGGAAAACCACAUGGUAAAAAAGAUAAAGAAAUUAAUAAUAAAAUAAAUAACAUAUUUA